UUUUCAUAAAUAAUGGAAUUCUUGUAAUCUUAUUUUUUGAAUUUUGGUUUUAAUUCAUUCAAUCAAUCUUAAAUAAAUAAUAAUUUCAACUAUUUUAUCUUUUAAAAAAUAAUGUAAAAUCCAUAUUUUACUACCGCUAAAAGCAAUUAAGCAAAUGAAACUGGGCCUGGUAGCUUAAAAUAUGAUUUAAAAAAUAAAUAUGCUUCUACUGCCAUUAAGCGUGAUGGAACAACCAAUGAAAAUAAUACAAAUAUAUUUGCUUCUUAGCCAGCUAAUCAGUAGCCAUUAUAAUAAAUGAAUAAGGAUAACUCAAUAUUUUAAGGAUAGAAAUAAUUUUAAUCCUAAAUAAAUCAAAGUUAAAGACAAUCAAACUAACCAUAAUACAGUAAAAUAUUUAGUGCGAAUAACUCAAUUCCUGCUUCGCCUCAUUUAGACCGUCCUUCUGAUCGUUUACCAACUCAUAACUAAUCUUAUCUAAAUACUAAUAAUCCUGUAGGAAUCCAAAUACCUUAACAAUAUAAUUCUAUAUUUAACUAAAAUCCAAAUAAAAACUAACCUUCCUUUAGCUAUUAGAGAUCUGUUCAUGGAGCUGACUCCUUUAAGUAGAGUAAUAAUAAUAGCUUUUUGAAUUAGAGUGCUCUAAACAAUACAUAGGCAUAAAACUAUCAUGUUAUAGCUCAGUAGAAAGGCUAUUAAUAAUUAGAAGAUGCAAAAAUAUUUAACAGUGAUCCUCUCAUUUCUAAAGCUGAAAAAACGAUAGAAUAAAUUAAAGAAAACUCAAAUAUUUUAUAAAAUAUUGUAGAAAAAAGAAGAAAAAUAUUUUAUGAUUACGACAGCUGUCUAGAUAAAAUAGAUAUUUAAAAAAAGAAACUUAAUUAAUGUUCUAAAAGUGAUUCUAAGCAGUUCUUUCAGCAAAAGACAUCACACGAGCUUCUACUAUUUAAAGAUAAAAAGCAGGAAUUAGUGAAGAUCAAAGAUGAAUGCUUGGAGAUGAUAGGAUAUUAUGAAAAACUAAAACAAAAAGGACUAGCUCUGAGAUUGUAAAAGUACUAAAACACUUAAGAGAUAAAUUAUUAACAAGAUGUAUUUGAAUUUGAAAGUAUGUACUUAAGAAUUCAAGAUGAAUAUUAGAGUAAGACGACUCUGCUAGAAGAGUUAGUUGAAAAUUAUAAAAAACAUUUCAAAUUUGAUAAGACGAGUGAAAAAUUUACUGAAAAAUAGCAAUAGCUUUCAAUGUAGGUCAAAGAAAUUGAGAAUAGUGAUACUAUCAAUUCAAACUUAAGCAUGCUUAUUGAUGAUUUUCUUAUUACUUUGAAAGCCUUAAUUGAAGAAGUGGAAGAAAAUAUAGAAUUUAAUGAAAUUCUACUUUCUAGCUAUUAAGAAAGCUUCAAUUAUGUUUAAUAAAUAUUAUUUUACAGAAAUGAAAAAAUUCCUGAGUUAGAUAACAAGAUUAAAAAUAUUAGAAAUAAUAUACAACAAUAUUUAAAUAAUAGGACAAACCGUUCAUAGUAAGCUUCUGGUUAUAUAUAACUAGCAUAAAAGGAAUCAUAAGAAGUUAGGGAAUAGUUUAAAAAAAUUAAAAAGUAAGCAAAGCAAACUCAUUCGUCUUAAAACAGUAUGUUCUUUAUAUAGUUAAGAAGUAAACAAAUAACGAAAUUAGUAAGCACUAUUAAUGAUAUUUAUUCAAAAACAUUAGAUGAGGUGGAUAAGCUGGUCAACUAUAUAUCAUAAGGAUAGCUUGCUAAUGAUGAGUUAUACUGUUAAAAUAUCAUUAAUAAUGGAAAAUAAUUACUACUUACUCUCAACGUAUAAUAAUCCCCAGAACAAGGCAAAGUAAUGUUAUAAAAAACUCAAGUUUAGUUAUCUUUACUUCUUGAGUUAUAGGAUAGACUUUAAAAUCUAUCUUAAUAAUCUGAAUUUAGUCUAAUUAAUCCAAUUAUCUCAUAAAUGAGCUUGCUUUUAUCUUAGUAAAUAGCUGAAAUCAAAACAGAACAACAAAAAAUAUUCCCUUUGAUAAAAUACGAAAAUGAAACUAGAGAGUUUAGAAUGAAAAGAUAAGAAAUUCAGUAAACUUUAGAGAAAGCUAAAGAAAUCAUCAAUUUUUAAAAACAAAAUUUUAUGCUAUCUUUUUAAUUUGAAGAUAAUUAGAAGUAAUUCUUAAGCAUUUUGCAAGUUAAUUUGAAAUUGCAAUAAUACUAAAAAUUACUGAACCAACUCCUUUAAUUUUUUUAAAACUCUCGGUAAGCAUCCUACUCACCUUUUGAUCCCUAAACAAUUACUUAAAACUCAUAAGAUAUCCAUCAGCUAUUAUCAGCCAUAGAUUACAAUAAGACAAACAUACAUCUUAUAACUACUCUACUAGAAUCUUGUAAUAGUGUAUCUCCAACUAGCAUAGGAAAUUUAAAUUUUUAAGUAGAUUCAGAAAAAAAUAAGCUCUCAUCAAAUAUAAAUACUUGUCUAUAAUUAAUUUAUAAGUCAUAUAAUAAUCUUGAAAAUCUGAGAUAGGAAUAUAACAGACCAAACUACAUGAACAAAGUAGAGUAAGUUUUACUAAAAAAAUUAAUUUCCAUGUAGUCAAUUCUUGUGUAAGUUUAAAAUAUCUUUGUUUAUUGGCUAAAGAGUGGAGAUGAAAUUACAUCAAAAGUAAUCCACCUCAGAAAAAACUAUGAAAAUUACUAGCAUCAGUAUAUUGAUCAACGUUUAUAUGAUAUUAUCUAAGAUAAUCUUGAAGAACUUGAUUUAAUGAUUUAAGAAACAAGCAUCGCCCCUGAGCUAUAAGACUGCUUUAAAUUUAAUAUCAAGUCUUACACAGAGUGUCUUGUAAGAUAUGCUGUUUAAUUGGAAAGAAAAGUAUUAAACCCAUAUUCAGCAAAUUACUUGAUAAAUUGGUUGGAAAAAAAUUAUUAGAAUGCUCUUUCUUCUAUUACGUAUCUAUUUGAUAUGGAUGAUUUAAUUUGGUACUAGUAGGGUAAUGAUAAUGAUGAUAUUGGAAUUCAGUUGAAAUUGCUAAGGAGUAGGUUAACAGAAUCUUUACUUCAAUAGCAAAGUUUGGGUUUAUUAUUUAAUCAAUAAAAUAUUAUUGCAAAUAUUAAGCUGGAUCUACUACUUUAAGUAGUACUCAAGGAUAGCAUUCUUUAUGAUUACAGGGCUAUUGAAUAGCUACUAAGUAUUGGGAAGUUAUUUAAUUUGCAUGUGAGACAAAGCUUUGAAAUAAGAAGAGUGCUUGAAGAAAAAUAUUAGAACACACUUAGUUUAAGAUAAAAUUAAAAUGAUUUAGAUUAGCUUGUAAGAAUUCUAUCAAAAUAUUAAAAAACAGUGGCAUUUAAUCUUGAAAGAAGAGAGAUUAUUUUAAAAAGCUAAGUUAUGAGUGAUGAACUUAAAAGACAAGUCUUAAUUUAGGCUGACAAAAAUCAAAGCAUGCUAAUGAAUAUUUUAAAUAUUGAUUAAAAUUUACCUGAUAGCAUUAUGUAAAUGUACAACUUUUUAAAAUCAUACGUUAAAAUCUUACCUUUUUUGAAUAAUGACUCGAUUGGCCAUGCUUUCUAAGAAGAUUAUCUGUUUGAUUAUAUCUUUAAUUCAAGUAGUAAUAUUAGUUUACGUCAAGCUCUUGAGUAACAUAAAUAAGCUGUAGAAAUCUUACUUGAUGGUAAUUUUAUUGAAACAGUAAGAUAGAUUUAUUUCAGAGAAAAAGAAAUUGUUGAUCGAAUUAAGCUAGAUAAAAAAUUAGGAUUGUUUGAAUACGUUUAAGAUUGUUAAAUUAUAAAAGAUUUACGUAGCAAUAUAGAUCUAAUUAAAUGGAGAGAGAUCAUUUAAAAAUCUAUCAAUUUAUUAACUUAGGAUGUCAUUAAUUCCAUCUAAGCAUAAUAAAUUUAAUAAGAAUUCUCCAGAAUAAACUAACUCAAUAGAAAAUAACAAAUAUUCGUUAACAAAUUCAUUAUGUCCCAAACAUAAAAAUGA